UUCCUCUCCCGUUGGGGCUCGCUAGACACGGGGACCGCGACGGCGGAGCUGCAGGACCAUGGCCGAGUCCCGCGGAGCCGCGACCCAGGCGCCCAGGGCCUCCCUGGCACCCAGCGCGCAGAGCCUGCGCUGCGCCCCGCAGCCCCGCCCCUCGAGAGUGGACGCCGGCAGCCUCGGCAGGUACCCGGGCAGCGCCGCCGCCUCCCGAGAGCCCCCCUUCCACGGCUCGCUGAUGCUCUCGGGAACCGGCGCGGUGCGCCGACGGGGAGCGCUGAGGGAGCUGCUGGGGCUGCAGGGAGCAGCUUCCGCUGGGCGGCUGUCUGAGGAGCGCGCCGAGGAGCAGCCCGCGGGCGGAUCGAAUGUUACAGGCGGCAGCAGGCUGUGCCUGGAGCCUCGAGAGCACGCGUGGAUACUGGCGGCCGCCGAGGGCCGCUUUGAGGCGCUGCGGGAGCUGCUGGAAGCCGAGCCUGGGUUGCUGCUGCGAGGCGACCCGAUCACCGGCUACUCUCUACUGCAUUGGCUGGCCAAGCACGGGCGCCACGAGGAGCUCAUCCUGGUGCACGACUUCGCCCAGCGCCGGGGAUUGCAGCUCGAAGUGAGCGCCCCGGGGAGCGGCGGCCUCACGCCCCUUCACCUGGCGGCCCUGCAGGGCCACGACCUGGUCAUCAAGGUGCUAGUGGGCGCCUUGGGGGCUGACCCCACACGCCGCGACCACAGCGGCCACCGGGCCUGCUACUACCUGCGGCCCGACGCGCCCCAGAGCCUUCGGGAGCUGUCGGGGGCCGAGGAGUGGGAGACCGCGGGCGGCGGCGAACGGAACAACGCCAAUAACAACAGCAGCGGAGCUGCGGCGUGGACGCUUCGAAAGACUCCACACGCAGUGGGCGCGACGGCAGUGGAGACAACGGCGAGAGCUACGGCGUCGCCCGGCAAGGAGAAGGACAGCCGGGUAGCGCGAAUUCAAAAUUUUUUUCGCCAAAUGUUCCUCUUUUUCAAGGACCGUUGAGGGUGACAUAGACUGGAGAGCGAGGAGGGACUGCAACCCUGCGGCGAGGUCUCAGUGGUGGGUUGUUCCUGGUCCCACCAAAGGGGCGGUGCCUCGAACGGGACCCAGUGUGCUGGGCCUACACAGACCAUCUCUGGGUCUGUCUCAGGUCCCUGACACAGGUCUCCUGCAGCCACCGGCCCGGAGGCCUGGGGACCAGGGCGCCCCUAACCGAUAGAGAGCAAAGGCCAAGCUGUUCUGGCUCUGAAUCCCAGAAGGAGGUUGGAGCUGGAGCUGUGGUCCCGCUUAAAAGAGGGAUAGUUAAGCUUACAAUAGUAAUUUCUGAGCAGGCAGAAGCUCUGAGUUUAUUAGGAGAACAUUUGCUAGAAGAAUAAGUUAAGACUGUAAACCACUGGUGCAGAGGAAGAGCCUAACUGCAGGCUUGACUUGCCUAUUAACGGGUCACUUUGUGCCACCAGAGUCAGACCCUGGCACCCUGUUCCUGAGACAAACAGGCCUUACUGGUAUAUUUUCUAAUGUAACACGGAUGACUUCUUAAGCAUAUUAAAGUGGAAUUCUC